AUGUACAGGUCUCUUGUAAGUUUAGUGGUGAUAUAUAAUUUAGUGAGUGCUAAAAAUGAUCCCGCGGCGAAUCAGCUUAUUAUGUUCAAGGAGAAGACAUCAGGACCCAUAGGCAUUAUGACAACGAGCGCUGGAGCUCCAGUGGAACACAAAGACACAAACACGCUAAACUCUAGGCUUAUCUUCAAUGAAUAUUUUAUGGACUCACUCACUCAUACAGUAAGAGAAAGAAUACCUGAACGUGUAGUCCACGCUGUAGCCGGCGGUGCUUUUGGCUAUUUUGAAGUUACUCAUGACAUAACGCACAUUUGCAAAGCGAAGCUAUUCAGUCGGGUCGGUAAGAAGACCCCGGUUGCAGCAAGAUUCUCCCCUGUCGUUGUCGAACGCGGCGGAAGCGACACGUCAAGGGACGCCAGAGGUUUCGCUGUAAAAUUCUACACCGAAGAAGGUAAUUUCGAUAUCGUGGGCUUCAACACGCCCAUGUUUCUCUACAAGGACCCAGUCAUCUUCCCAACAUUUGUGCAUGCAUUGAAGAAAAAUCCAGCGAAUAAUCUGUUCGACACUAACUCCUUUUGGGACUUCCUCACUCUACAACCGGAGACGUUCCAUAUGUUUCUCUUGGUAUUCGGAGACCGCGGCAUACCAGAUGGCUAUCAUCAUAUGCCUGGGUUCGGCAUACAUACGUUCGAAGUGGUGAACGGACACGGUAGUAAAUACUUCGUCAGAUUCCAUUUUGUACCUGACGCUGGUAUCAAGAACCUGCGAUCUGAGGAUGCGAAGAAAAUAAGCUCAGAAGACGCCGAUUACAAUACUAGGACGUUAUACAGAUCAAUUGCAAACGGUGACUUUCCUAGCUGGACGGUUAGUUUGCAAAUCCUAUCUCUGGACGACGUGAAGAAUGCCAGACUAGAUGUCUUCGAUGUAACUAAGGUUCUGCCUCUAGAUGAGUAUCCCUUGCAUCCUGUGGGAAAGAUGGUUUUAAAUAAGAACGCUGUAAACUACUUCGCAGAAAUAGAACAGUUAGCUUUCAGUCCAGGUAACUUAGUGCCUGGUAUCCUCGGUGGACCAGAUAAGCUAUUUGAAGGACGUAGAUUAGCUUAUAGGGAGGCUCAACAUUAUCGUUUAGGCGCGAACUUCAAUAGGAUCCCAGUGAAUUGUCCUAUACAAACCAAAGUGUUGGAAUAUAACAGAGAUGGUGUACCUCCAUUAAAAGACAACGGUAAGGACAUACCUAAUUACUAUCCGAAUUCCUUCAACGGUCCUGUGCCGUAUAAAGAUCAUAAAAGAGGCGAGUUACUACAGAUUUUCGAGGAAGACCCAAACAAUUUCGAGCAGGCAAGGGAAUUGUACAUCAAUGAAAUGACGAAGGAGGAACGGAGUAGAUUAGUGGAAAAUGUUUUGUACAGAUUGGGCCCGGCUGCUAAAUUCCUGCAGGAGAGAGCUUUGAAGAUAUUUUAUAUUAUACAUCCAGAUUUGGGAAGUAGAAUAGAGCAGGGAUUACUUGCUAAUGGGACAAAAUAUGAUUGGAACAGAUAUUAA